UUUUCGCUCAGAUUUUGCUUUCAAAGCCGAUAACUCUCUCUGGGUACAAGCUCUGUUUCUCUUUUGGAUUGGGAUUUUGAAGAAAUAUUAUCCACUGGACUCAGAAUGGCGAGGACAGGCAACAAGAACGUACAAGCCAAGCUGGUACUUCUUGGGGACAUGGGAGCCGGAAAAACCAGUCUGGUAUUGAGAUUUGUCAAAGGUCAAUUUUUGGAGUACCAGGAAUCAACUAUUGGAGCAGCCUUCUUCACUCAGGUCUUGUCAUUAAAUCAAGCCACUAUAAAAUUUGAUAUAUGGGACACGGCAGGGCAGGAGCGAUAUCAUAGUUUGGCUCCUAUGUACUACCGUGGUGCAGCUGCAGCGGUUGUGGUUUAUGACAUUACAAGCAUGGAUUCGUUUGUUCGAGCCAAAAAGUGGGUUCAAGAAUUGCAAAGACAAGGAAAUCCUAAUUUGAUAAUGUUCUUGGCGGCCAACAAGGCUGACUUGGCAGAGAAGAGGAAAGUGGGAUUCGAGGAUGGUGAGCAGUUUGCUAAAGAAAAUGGCAUGGUUUUUCUUGAAACAUCUGCAAAAACUGCACAGAAUGUGAACGAGCUCUUCUAUGAAAUAGCAAAGAAAUUGGCAAAAGCUAGCCCUUCACGUCCGACUGGAAUGAAAUUACACAGAGGAUCACAAGACGGUGGAAGAAGAUUGUUUUGCUGCUCUGUAUGAUUCCCACACUUGGCUAUUCAACUGCUUUCCUCGAUCAAUCAUAAGGACAUCAAUCAAUGAGAUGGAAAUUCAUUGUGACUAAUCAAAGUUGAAGACUGAUAUGCAAGCUGCACAAACAUGUUGUAAGAAUAUUUGUUCUAUGUACAUUUUAAGAUCUCAUUAGAAAAGCAUGUGACACUUUCAAACAUUUCACAUAUUCCUCUUAUGUGCAAGACUAUGAUUUAAUGGAACUCAAUGAAUAAAUACUGCAGUAAGAAGUGUCA